GGGGGCUGUGGGAGGGAAGGCAGUGUCUGCUUUGCCCUCCAGGGAGCCCCCAGCGACAGCAGCAGGAUGGGUGGGCGGCCCUCGAGCCCCCUGGACAAGCGGCAGCAACAGCAUCUGAGGGGCCAGGUGGACACCAUGCUGAGGAACUUCCUGCCCUGCUACCGCGAGCAGCUGGCAGCCUCUGUCCUGCGACAGAUCUCCCGGGAGCUGGGGCCCCAGGAGCCCCCCGGAUGCCAACUGAUGCGCAGCAAAAAGCUUCCCCGAGUCCGUGAGCACCGAGGGCCUCUGACCCAGCUUUGGGGCCACCCGCCUCAGUGGCAGCCAAUCUUCUGUGUCCUGCGCGGAGAUGGCCGCCUGGAGUGGUUCAGCCACAGGGAGGAAUACGAAAAUGGGGGCCGUCCCCUUGGCUCCAUGGCCUUGACGGGCUAUACUGUCCUGACUUCCCAGCGUGAGUAUCUCCGCCUGUUGGAUGCUCUCUGCCCAGUCUCCUCAGGAGAGCAUACACAGGAAGAGCCUGAACCCCUCCUGGAAAUGCCCGUGAACUUCCCCCUGUUCCUUCAGCACCCGUUCCGCCGGCACCUCUGUUUCUCUGCAGCGUCGGGGGAAGCGCAGCGGGCUUGGAGGCUGGCCCUCCAGGGUGGCAUCCGGCUUCGUGGCACAGUCUUGCAGCGCAGUCAGGCCCCCGCCGCCCGUGCCUUCCUGGACGCCUUAAGACUCUAUCGGCAGCACCGAGGCCACUUUGGCGAGGACGACGCGACCCUGGGCUCGGACGCCGAGGUGCUGACCGGGGUGCUGGUGCGGGAGCUGCUGCCGGCGCUGCGAGCCCAGACCCUGCCCGGCCUGCGGGGGGCCGGCCGCAGCCGUGCCUGGGCCUGGACCGAGCUCCUCGACGCAGUCCACGCCGCCGUCCUGGCCGCGGCCGCCGCCGGCCUCCGCGCCUUCCAGCCGGAAAAGGACGAGCUGCUCGCCGCCCUGGAGAAAACCAUCCGCCCAGACGUGGACCAGAUUCUGCAGCUGCGGGCGCGCGUGGCGGGGAGGCUGCGCAGCGAGGUUGAGGGCGCCCUGGAAUCCUGCCUGCGCGACAGGGUGGACACGCAGCUGUCCCAGGUCACACAAAGGCUGCAGAGCACCGUGGCAGCUGUGCUCUCAGCAGUGCAGGCGCUCCUCACCCAGGGCAUGGACCGCCUAUCGCGCCACCUGCGCGGGAGCCCCUCCAGCACGCGGUUGCGCAAGGAGGUUUACUCAUUUGGGGAGAUGCCCUGGGACGCGGAGCUGAUGCAGACCUGCUACCGUGAGGCUGAGCGAAGCCAGAGGCGCCUGGGGCAGCUGGUGGUGCCAUUUGGCUUCUUUGGCACACGAAGCCUGGUAUUUGGGGCCCAGGAUCUUGCACAGCAGCUUAUGGCUGACGCCGUGGCCACCUUCCUACAGCUGGCGGACCAGUGUCUGACCGCAGCCCUGGACUGUGCCCAGGCUGCCCAGCAGCUGGAGAAAGUCAGGGGGCGAGUGCUGAAGAAAUUCCAGUCGGACAGCAGCUCAGCACAGAGGAGCUUCAUCCGCGGAUGGGCGCUCUGCGUCUUCUUGCCCUUCGUGCUAAGCCAGCUGAAGUCGAGCUGCAGAGCGGAGCUGCCCGAGUUCGAAGGGGAGGUCCUUGCCGUGGGUAGCCCGGCCCUGACUGUCCAAGGCAUCUGUGAAGACCUUGUUCGGGGGAUUCUGCUGCAAAGGAUUGAUGGAGAACUGAAAAAGGCCCUUGGCGUCAGUGACGUGUCCUGUGCUCUGGAUGGCUGCUCAGAGGCCCCAUGGGACCAGACAGGAGCUGCUCCAAAUCUUAACUCGGUAUCAAGUUUCUCAGCUGAGAGUGAAGCAUUACUGAGUUCCCUCUGCCUGCCAGAGAAGUCAUCCAUCUACUGCCGGUUGGCAGCUUCUCAGUAUCACAAGCCUCACAGCUGCUUCCGGACCAGGUUCCGGAGGGAUUUCCCCACGGUCUUUCUUGGUUCAGCUUUCAGAGGGGGAUAUGCAUGCUCCAUGGAGAUGGUCCCCUCCCAUUCCGCCCUGGAAUUUUCAGCCUCCCCAAAGAGAGUUUUCUGACGUUUACCCUCCAACUCAACCUUCUGAGAUACCAUUUGUGCUUCACAGCCUUGUACAGCUGUUGUUUUUAAACCCAGGAUGUGAUGUUAAUUCUGCCAAAUUGGAGCAACCAGAACUUAUCAUCCUGCCCUCUUCGAGAAAAGUACUAUUUGGUUUGGGUUCUAAAACCUUCCAGUCUUUUCUCAGGUUGUCAGGGUAUGGGACGCAUCUUGCCACUCUGUUUUUCUGACUCGAUGUGAAUGAUCUCUCCUUGCCGGGUUCAUAGACUGCAAAAUUGUUUUUGCCAUUUUAUUGCAGAACGUUUCAAACCUACCCCCAAAGCCAAGCCCCCAGUGCGCCACUGCUGGGAUUCCUCCACUCGCCCCCUCACCCCCUUAGUCAAUCAUGUAACCAGUGAAGUUGAGGUUGCACUUCCAAAACAUUCAGCUAAAAACUGAACUUGCACAAAUGAUCGUUGUAGAAAAACCUGGAGAGCAGAAGAAAGGAGAGAAAAUGAAUCUGGAAAAGAAUGGACAAGCCGCGGAUAGGGAGGAGGAAGCGCAAACGUCACGUGACUCUGCUAGACUCUGCUAGCCGCACUGGGAGAUUUGAGGCUUUUGGGGUCAAGCCCACCGCCUGGCUUACCUGCUGUCCCUAGAGUACAAAGACACACUACUUGUGCCCUGAACUUCACUUAAAAAUACUGAAUCUUCUCCUUCCCAGCACCAUACUAAUGAAUGGACACCUGAGCACCCUUCUUAAAACUUAAUUUUUAAGAAUGACACGGAUUAUAUGGAAACCAAGUUGACAAUAAACUA